AUGUACAACCCGGCGCUACCCAACCACUACCGCGAUGUCGUCUUUACCGAGUAUGUCCGUCGGCGCAAGCGCGAGGACGAGGCCGUGGCGGAGCAGCAGCGGGAGCCGAACGCUCUCGCCUCGGCGCUCUCUGCGUCGUCGCUCGCUUCCCAGUCCAUGGCAGCGGUGAGUGCCCCCCUAUUGGGCCUAUCGGCCGAGGAGCUUCACCAGCACCGCAUCAAGGAAAGUGCUGCGCUCGGCAUCCAGCGGGCGGUCAUGAUGGAGAAAGAGGCCCUCGAGGUGGAGCACAAGACACGCAAGCUCGAGGGCAGCGAUGCCCGAUCUCGCAUCAGUAGUCGCCUCGACAAGCUCAAAGCGCUGGCGGCGAAGUCCAAAGCGGUCACAGGUACUUCAGCCUCUGUCGGUGCAUGCGGCACUGGCUUGCAACCAGACUACCCGUUAUCGCCAAAGCCGUCUCAGGAGAAAGCGUCGCCGUCGCUCGCUACCGAGGCCGUACCGUCCUCACCGCUCGUGUUUCAGCCCUCGUCUCUUGCAGCGGGUGGCUAUGUCAUGACCGCUGCCGACCCAUCCCUCCCGGGGAUGCUGCUGCGCACCGCUAAACGGUCUUCCGUCCACGGAAAGCCAAGCUCCACGCUACUACUGCGCUUCCUUCACGAUAGCCCCGUUCAGGGAUGGAGUGGGGCCGCCAUCGCAGAGGCGUCUGCCUCGCCCUCGGCAGAGUCGCCUCUGUGCGCGCCGGUGCUGGCGCAAGUACAGCAGUUGUGCCGCCGGUUUGGGUUUCUGCGCAGCAUGGCCGCGCGUGUCUAUGCCGAGGAUGCCGUCACCACAUCACUUACACGCGCACGUUCACAAACCGGCGCGGAGACCCCAGUGCCGUCUGCUGAGGAGACGCGUCGGGAGCAGCUGCGCGUGUGGGUGCGCUUCGACAGCGUCACGGAGGCCUUCAAGGCGGCGGAGAGUCUGACAAAGGAGGUGUUACCUGGCGCACCCGCUGGCCGGCCUGUGUUCUCGGUGUACUUCUACCCUACUGGGCUCUACGACUCAGGCGCGCUGGAGCUGCGUGAGGAGGACCUGCUGCCCCCUACUGCGUGA